UCUUCCCCCUCCUCACCGUCUGCAGCCCUCCAUUCAGUUCGAUUCUCUCCACUUCCCUACUCAGACGCUCCGCGGUCACCACAAACCAACAACAUUUUCCCCUCUCCCCUUACUUUCCGUCCGCGCAUCACUGCACACCCUCUCCAAAGCACGUCUUUCCUCCCGAAUUCCGUGGGUUUUUGGAUUCUCCCAAAGAGCAAUCAGGUGGCCCCGGAGACCGGCCUGUGAGUCAGGCAGCAACUGUAAGCCGCAAAGGCAUCAAAUCUUACCAUCUCCAUCCCACCCCAGGCCGGUGCCAUUUCGUCACUUCAUAGCACUAGGGUCCCUUUGCGCAGGACCUGAUACAGCCUCCCUUUUGUCCUAAUUUUAACGCCGAGUUCAAAGUACACGAACAACGGAGAAGGAUCACAGAUUGUUGCCCGGUUGCCGAGCCUCUCUUCCUCAUUGUCAGACGACAUCACCUCUCUAUCCGGCCUAUCUGGAACCUACGCCACUUUGACCCUGAGGCACCCCGAGCCGCAAUCGGCUUCCGAGUCUGCCUUCUUCCAUAGCCCUCUUGCUUCGAAUCGACUUCCGUUUGCCUUUGACUCCUCGCUCUUCUACACCCCUUCGCAAUGGCCUCAGCAACGAACGGCGGUUUCCCGGCCAACUUCAUCUUGACACCGCAGCAACAAAGCUUGCUCUUCGCUGCUCUCAACUCGAACAAGCAGCAGCUGGCGAACCAGUCUCCUACUAUCAAGGACACUUCCAUGUCGCCCUCCUCUUAUCAGACGUCGCCGGCGCAGGGUGCGGCUCAUGGCUUUCAAGAAAGCCCUUACCUUGAUAACUACGACUACGAUUUUGGCGACUCCAGCUUCGAUUUCGAUGUUAGUACCGUCGGCCAGGCUAAAAUGAUUGGCGACAUCCCUGGCGGCGCUCAGUCGGCUCAGUCGACCAAGUCAGACUCGACCGAGAACGAUGGUAUGGACAAGAGAGCCCAUCCCGACGACGAGGAAGAUGAAGACUCUCCUGGGAACGACGCCAAGAGGCGUGAGGGCGGCGACAAAGUCCCGAAGAAGCCGGGACGUAAGCCCCUUACCUCGGAACCGAGCUCGAAGCGCAAGGCCCAAAACCGCGCUGCCCAGCGGGCAUUCCGCGAGCGCAAGGAGAAGCACCUGAAGGAUCUCGAGACCAAGGUGGAGGAGCUGGAGAAAGCGUCAAAGGAAGCCAGCAGCGAGAACAGCCAGCUACGUUCCCAAAUCGACCGGAUGACGGCGGAGCUCAACGAGUACAAGACCAAGAUGGCAGCCAUGAGUACUCGCUCCGCGUCUCACAGCAAGUCGUCUAUGGGCUUUGGGGCCUCUGCUAUUGGCAACCUGAGCGACGUCAACUUCCAGUUCGAAUUCCCCAAGUUUGGCGUCCUGCCAGGAUCCCAGAUGCCCAACAAACCCGUACAGGGAGCGAGGUCUUCCUCAUCGCCUCAGAUUGUUAACGGCAGCAACCCCGUCAGCCCCCUCAACAAGGACAACAGCCCAGGUGUUAUCGCCGGGCUCGACUUUGGCACCAAGGACGACCUGGUCAACUUUACAUCUCUUUUCAGUCCAUCACUCGCCAAUGGCUCGACAGGCACGGGCACAUCUCGCGCCAGUGUUGACUCGGGCUCAUAUGGGAUGAACAACGGCACGUCGACCAGCUCGCCAUCUGCAUCGUCUCAGUCAAAUGGAGGUCCGAGCUCAUCCUGCGGAACUUCCCCUGAGCCCUUUACGCAGUCGCCCAUGGGUUUCAAACCCGUCGACACCAUGACGACAAUCGGCGAAGAGUCUGCCAAUCAGCAAUCGUUGUUCGCUAGUAUCGACACCAGCAACUUCGACUGGCUCGCGCAACAGAAUGGCGGACAGUUCGACCCUCAGCUAUUUGGCGGAUACCGCGAACCGCAAGAAAACAUUCUUGCCGGCACCACCUUCGACGACAGUUUCUUCAACGACGCCCUCGAUGCCGACUUCAUCACGCCGUACAACAUGGCCCCUAGCCCUGCUGUGCCCAAGAAGAACCUCAUAGACCAAAUUGAUGCCGCCAAGAACGCAGACGAUGAUGUGGUUAAGGAGGCCGUCAAGGCUGAGAACUACAACUGCAAUAAGAUAUGGGAGAAGCUCCAGAACUGCCCCAGUGUGCAGGCCGGCGAGUUCGAUCUCGAUGGCUUGUGCACCGAACUGCAGAAGAAGGCGAAGUGCUCCGGCCAGGGUCCGGUUGUCUCCGAGACAGAUUUCCAAACGGUUGUCAACAAGUGGAUGGGCAAGGACGCGGCUGCCUGCUUCGCGAGCCAGGACAACAACAAGACGAAAGCCUAAUCGGCCAUUUUGACGUCAUUAACUGUACAUUGGCAUACGUGCCUAGGGCACUGGGUUUGGUGGUCAGCUUUGGAGGCAUAUCUGGUGAAAUGGUCGGGAAACUUUGGGGACAGCAGGCGUUAUAUCACGGACCAAAACAGGGCGAACUUGAGGUAUGAUUCGACCCCAAAGGCAAGGCGAAUGGUUAUUCAUCCAUAUCGGAAAUGUAUACACUGGUAAGGGGAUCUUGUCAGGCGGUAUGCAGGCACUGGCCUGUACCUGGCGAGGAAGAGCCCCCUUCCGAGAGACUGAGAACGGUUCAAGGAGGCUAUGAUGAUGAUAUUCCAGGCGGCCAGACGGUCCCAUUUGAAUUCGGGAGGGGUUUGCUGUUUCGCAAAUGUAAUUCUUCAUGCUACACUCUUUUUUUGACAAACGAACGAAUAAGAAUCUCCACAUUGAC